GCACCAUCGAAAGAAGCACUUCUACAGCAAUGAAGAUCCUUUUGCUAAUUUCAGCGUUAGUUUUUGGCUUCUGCUCGGCUGACUACAGUAAGCAGCAAAUUGCAGAGAUUAUGCAAGUGACAAAGCAGUGCUACAAAAAGCUUGACAUCCCAUUUGAUUCCGAUUUGAUUGAGCGUGUAAUGUACAACCGAGACUUUCCUGAUGACCAAACGACCAAGAAAUUCAUCAAUUGCAUGUUGAUUGACUUGGGCUUCUGGGAAUCGGAAGGUGUUAUCGACCGGGAGGCCGUGGUAAACUUCAUGGCAGAACAAUACGAUUCGGAGAAGGUGCGGGAAGUUGUUGGAAAGUGCUUCAGGCCGACCGGAACCACCCAGGAGGAUAAGGCCUUCAACUAUUUGAGAUGUUUUUUCAAGAAUAAGACGUUUGUGAUCUGAGCGUUGU